CAGCUCGAGUAAAAUCGCCGAAUCGCAUUAUCGUAAUAUUCGUAAUAAUUAUUAUACGUCUUGAUGUCGUUAUGAUAUUAUAUCGACACGAUGACACCGGCGGCAUGUGCGACCGACUCAUCCGCGUCGGCCGGUGGGGGAACUACGACGCGCGCCGAAGUGGGGGACGGCGCGGCGCAUCGCGUGUCACCUUCCGAAGUCGGUACGGCCAGUGUGUUGUACAGCUGCAGUCGUCGGCGCGCCGUCCGUAAGCGCAUAUUGUUUCUCGUCGCGUACGCCACAGCGGUCAAUCCGAUCCGCAGGGACGUCGGCCGACUCGCGGAGCUCGUCACGAAUAAAAAAAAAAUAAAUCGCCGGCCGCGGUAACGGGUUCGUAAAAAAAAAAUAAUAUAUCAUAUUAUCGUACCGAGAGAGACGAACGGUAGUUCGUCGUCCGAUUCCGCGGCGUUUCCUCCGCAGCAGAUCGUCGCCAUAACGCCACUAGUUCCGCAGGCGCGCGAAAACCGUGGUCAUGAAAGUGCAACACGCCGAGGAAGCGUUCGGCUCGUCGGCCGGACGUUACGGCGCGGGCGACUCGUCCGAAACGUCCGCGGCUUUCCGGAUGUCGUGCCGGAGUCGCGAAGACGGCAGGACGUGUAGCGAACGGUCCGUGGCGACAACCCCCGGCUGGUCCGUGACCGACACGAUCCACAGCAGCGACUCCGCCGCCGCGGUCGGCCGUGUGGACGACGACUGUCAGAACUGUACGGCCGAACAGCGGCGCGUCCGAAAACCUCGCCGCCGGUCCGGAUCGUGGCCGAGAACGCGGUCGUUGAACGCCCCCAGCCCCGUCCAACAGUUUGGACCAUGUGGCCGUAUCAUGAAAACCUCUGCAUUGAUCACAACGAUUCAAGAUCCGGCCAGUCAACGCUUGACAUGGUACAAAAAUCCUUUGUCUGUAUUGGUGAUAAAAAAAGUUAGAGACAUGUCUGUUUUACCACCAUUCAUAGAACUCGUCAGAUGGCUAAUACAAGAAAAAAGCAUGAUAGUAUUUGUGGAACAUUCUGUGAUGGAAGACCCAAUGCUCUCUAGUAACUUGGGCUUCAUGGAAGUACGAGAUAAAUUAAACUCUUUCCAAGAUGGCAAAGAUGAUCUAACAGAUAAAAUAGACUUCAUUAUUUGCUUAGGUGGAGACGGUACUCUACUCUACGCUAGUCUUUUGUUUCAGCAAUCCGUACCACCAGUUUUGGCGUUCCACUUGGGCUCCCUGGGAUUUUUAACACCUUUUAAGUUUGACAAUUUUCAGCAGCAAGUGACUAAUGUACUUGAAGGACACGCUGCAUUAACGUUACGUAGUAGACUUAGGUGUAUAAUUGAUAGGCAAAAUGAAGAUAAAGAAAAGCCUGAGACAAAUUUACUGGUACUUAAUGAAGUGGUUAUUGACCGUGGACCAUCACCAUACCUUUCAAACAUAGACUUAUUUUUAGAUGGAAAGUACAUUACAUCUGUUCAAGGAGAUGGUUUGAUUGUUUCAACACCGACUGGAAGUACAGCAUAUGCAGUUGCAGCGGGUGCAUCAAUGAUUCACCCAAGUGUUCCAGCCAUUAUGGUGACACCUAUAUGCCCUCAUUCUUUGUCUUUCAGGCCAAUAGUAGUACCAGCUGGUGUUGAAUUAAAAAUUAUGUUGAGUCCGGAUGCGAGAUCAACAGCUUGGGUUUCAUUUGACGGCCGAAAUCAACAGGAGUUGUGUGCAGAUGAUAGCUUACGAGUAACUACAUCUAUAUUUUCGUUACCAUCAAUAUGUGCUCAAGACCAAAUAUCUGAUUGGUUUGCUUCAUUGGCUGAAUGUCUACAUUGGAAUGUGCGAAAACGACAGAAGCAUUUUGAGGAAUUGUCUGAUCUGGCACAUUCCAAGUAUGAAGAUUCACUAAAUUCAACGUCAAAAGACACUUUAUUAAUUACGGACUAACAGGGUAUAAUUAUUGAAGUUCAACGUUAACCAACAGAUACCUUAUCAAGACGAUGAUCACCUGUUCUACCAUCGGUGCUUACAAAUGGAUUUCAAAUUUGUGCAAAAUAAAUUUUAUUAUUAUUAUUA